CUUCCUCCUGGACUCUUCCUUUUCUGUUUUCUGAACUCGUCCACCCUCUCAAAUCGGGAACAUUUAUUUAUUGAACGAUAAGCGCAACUCUAUGCUGGGGAUAUAGCGACCAAAAUGAAGUAAUUCCAGUCCUCUAGUAGUUUACAUUCUAUUGUUUUAAUACUUGGGAGUUCUCAACUUGGGCUCAGCCAACUUUUUGCCUUCAACAUUUUGAUGACUUUCAAUACAACUUAUUUCCUUUUUAAUCCUAUGCCUUUGAAAAUAAGAUUUUGAGGAGGGAAUCAUGGGCUUCACCAGCCAGUUAAAAGAGGUCCAUGGCGCAAGCAAAGUUUAAGAAGGCCAGCUCUCGGGUCUCCCCUCGGAGCUGGGUGUCCAGUGAAAGCACGUCUCCGAGCUCUCGGGCCUGGGAAGUGGCACAACUGGAGUGAUACGCGGUCAGCGGGCCCGCGCUUAUUUGCGCACUCUCGCCCCUGCUCGCGUGCUCCCGCGCUCUGCAUCCGUGGGCUCCCUCUAGAGCGGAGGAGGGUAAUCGGCAGACUCGCGUGUGGCCUGGGUUGAAGGAGGGGGUGCGGCCCGGGGCGGAGCCGACCCGGGGAGGUGGAGGGGGGCUGGUGUCUUGCGUCUCCGAUCUGGGCGGAGCGGGUACAAAAUCAGCUUCCCAGAGACCCUAGGCGGGCUGCUGUCUGUCUGUCUGAGGGAUUAUCAUCGAGUGAGGUUCACUUGCGUAUCUUCUCCUUUGGUCUCCAUCUCUUUGCCUCGCUUCGCUUUUCAUUUGCACCUGGGAGGGGGUAUCGAGCGAGUCCGAGCCCCGCCGGAGGAAGCGGCGCUCCAGCUCUGCUGGGGGCGGUGGCGGGGGCUCGGCCGAGGGCCGGGCUGUGGGAGAGGCAGAGGCCCAAAGGCUUCUGCUUCGCUGUCUAAAUAGCGCGUCCUUGGAGAGAAGGCGGGGGCCUAAGGGAGAAUGACGGAACUGAGGCAGAGGCUGGCCCACGAGCCAGACGGGCGGCCAGAGGCAGAGGACAAGGGUGAAGACAUCAGAUCAGAGACAUUGUUCGAUUUGCCCAGGGUCACACAGCUAGAGUCUGAGGUGGAAACAAAGACAGAUGGGGAGACUGCAUCAGACAGCGAAAGCCGAGCUGAACCUGCACCAGUACCCACCUCUGAUGAUACUCCUGAGGUUUUCAACCGAGCACUGUCUAAUUUGUCCUCAAGAUGGAAAAACUGGUGGGUGAGAGGUAUCCUGACUUUGGCUAUGAUUGCCUUUUUCUUCAUCAUCAUCUAUUUGGGACCUAUGGUUUUAAUGAUGAUCGUUAUGUGUGUUCAGAUUAAAUGUUUCCAUGAGAUCAUCACGAUUGGCUAUAAUGUGUAUCACUCUUAUGACUUACCUUGGUUCAGGACUCUCAGUUGGUACUUUCUACUGUGUGUGAAUUAUUUUUUCUAUGGUGAAACAGUGACUGAUUACUUCUUCACUUUGGUCCAGAGAGAGGAACCUUUGAGGAUUCUCAGUAAAUAUCAUCGUUUCAUUUCCUUUGCUCUUUACCUAACAGGGUUCUGCAUGUUUGUAUUGAGUCUUGUUAAGAAACAUUACCGACUCCAGUUCUAUAUGUUUGGUUGGACUCAUGUGACUCUGCUUAUUGUUGUGACCCAAUCUCAUCUCAUUAUCCACAACUUGUUUGAAGGGAUGAUCUGGUUUAUUGUCCCCAUUUCAUGUGUGAUCUGUAAUGACAUCAUGGCUUAUAUGUUUGGCUUUUUUUUUGGUCGAACUCCACUCAUCAAGCUUUCUCCAAAGAAAACAUGGGAAGGUUUCAUUGGAGGAUUCUUUGCCACUGUGGUGUUUGGGCUUCUGCUCUCCUAUUUAAUGUCUGGAUACAGAUGCUUCAUCUGUCCUGUGGAGUUCAACAAUGACACCAACAGCUUCACUGUGGAUUGUGAACCCUCAGAUCUCUUCAGACUUCAAGAAUACAACAUCCCUUUGGUGAUCCAGUCCAUCAUUGGCUGGAAAACAGUCCGAAUGUAUCCCUUUCAGAUCCACAGCAUUGCUCUUUCCACCUUUGCCUCCCUCAUUGGCCCCUUUGGAGGUUUUUUUGCAAGUGGAUUCAAACGGGCCUUUAAAAUCAAGGACUUUGCCAACACCAUUCCCGGCCAUGGAGGUAUCAUGGAUCGCUUCGACUGCCAAUACCUGAUGGCUACCUUUGUUAAUGUGUACAUUGCCAGUUUUAUCAGGGGACCUAAUCCAAGUAAGCUGAUUCAGCAGUUCUUGACUUUGCGUCCAGAUCAGCAGCUUCACAUCUUCAACAUGUUAAAGGCUCACCUUAUUGACAAGGGGAUGUUGACUGCCAGCACUGAAGACCAGGAGGCAACCUAAAAAGAGGACAGUAGGAUCAGAACUGAGCUCUAGGGCAAGUCUUCAACUCAGUCCCAGCUUGUGUGACGUUUAAGACCAUUAUAAGACCUCAUUUCACUGUUUUCUUUUUUUUUUUUUUUUUUGUAGAAUUAUUUUUUGUGCUAUGGGUUUUAAGGAACAAAUACCUAUCUAUAUAUACAUACAUAUACUCUAUAUGUGUGUUUAUAUGAUGUGACUAAGUGUGUAAAUCAGAGCUUUGAGUUGGAAAAAAAUCACAGGAGUUAAACCUAUAUGGGUUUAAGCAAAAUAAAAUACAGAAUCCUCAAGAUUGGGGCCAUCUGUUCCAAGAUUUAUACUGUUGGAUCCAGGGCCUUUAAAUUUAACAGUGCUUCUGUCUUUUCUUUUUGGAGAGCAGAGCCAUCAAAUAUGGGCUGAUGGCCAGACCAGAGAGUAAAUUUCGCCCACUUCUGCAGCUUUUCUAGAUAGUCUAAAACUCAUGCACAGCCCGAAUUACUUUGCAGUCACAGAAAGCUUUCACCACAAACCAUUUUCAAGUUCCAGCAUCAAUUCUGGAAUGAAAGCAAAGUUGUCCUCUGAUAUGAAAGGAAAACAUGGUGUUUGAUAAAGGUUUAUUUAUUGAAAAAAAAUAUUAAUGAGAUGACAUUUCAUUUAAGAAAUCCCACUUUGAGUGAGCAUUAUCAUUAUUUGAUUUUCACUUUUGCUCCAGUGCACCUUGGAAGAUGUCUUUCAGUUUUAAUUAAAAGCAAACAAGAAACCAUGGAGCAUGAAAAUUGAUUUAAAAAUAAAGUCUGGAAGGGGAGAAUGUCCACACAGUAGUGUUUCACCUGUCAACAAGAAAGCAUACCUAGCCCAAAUAUACAGAGUUUCUUACAUUAUUAGAUAUAGGCCCUAACUAGAAUAGCAUAGCUCAUUCUGUUACUCUUCAGGGAUAAUGUCACUCAUGUCUGUCUGCUGUAUUUAAGCUGGAGACUUGAUGCUGCUGAAUCAUUUCUGUUGAUUUUGUGUUUUUCUUUGAGCAAAGAAUAGGGAAGGAUUGGCUUCUAGCUUGUGGGCUCUUUGCUUUUAUCUUUUACUUGGUUGACUUAAAUUGUACUUGUUGCACUGUUGGUGUCUGUGUAAAUAUUCACCAAUAUGUUAACUAUUAUGUGUCUCAUCUAAAUGGAACCCUGCUGCAAACCCA